AUGGAAAAAACCAAAAUAACCAUUGAUAUAACCGUUGCUACUACUGUGAAAAAUUUUCUUGAAAACUAUGCUGAAAUACAUGGACUACCAAGUCCCGGUAGAAAUGUUAACCGAAUUACUCAAUCGCUUACACUUUUACCAGCCGAAACAAGUUACAAAUCGGUUUAUCGUGAUUUCAUUGCAGGUCUUGAAAACGAUAGCACGUUGAAAUUGUUAAAAUAUGAUGCGUUUCGCAAGUUAUGGCACCAACUAACGCCUUAUGUUCAAAUCAUGAGUCCACGAACGGAUUUAUGCGACACGUGCCAACAUUUUCGGAACGGCUUACAGUAUAAUGCUCGUAAGGAAGAAGAAGCGAAAGAUUUAUUAAAAAGGUACAAGGAACAUUUAGUUAAAGCUAAGUUAGAGAGAAAUUAUUACGAAAUUAGCAGAACAACAGAGAAAAUUGGUAGACGAGCAUUUUAUAGCGAGAGUUACGAUUGGGCACAAAACGUUCACGUGCCCCAUUCCGAUCAACAG